AAUGGAUAUUUAAAUCUCAUAUAAUGGAGAAAUUUCUAAAUACUAUGGUAUUUCUUCAUAUGAGGAACUUAUACAAGAGAUAUUAUAAAAAUAUUAAACUAUUGCUGAUGUUGAAUUAUCUUAUUAGGAUGAAGAAGGUGAUGUAAUUUAAGUGUCAAACACAAGUGACUUAUAUGCAAUUGUACUAAUUUAUAAUUUGAUUAUAUAGAGUGACUUCCAAUAAAUAAUAAUUGAAAUGAAAGCAAGAUAAGAUGAACAAAAAUUAAAGGAGUUGGAGAAGGAAAAGAAAAAAUAAGAAAUUAGAUAAAAAAAGCUAAAAGAAUAAUAAUUAAAGAAAUAAAAUGUAAUAUCAAUAAUAUUAUAAAGGCUAUUGAUACAGAAGAAUAGUUAAUAAGUAAAUUAGAAUAAGAGUUUGCUCAAAAUUAAGAGCAAAAAUAAAAUGAACUUAAAAGUUUAAUUGAAGAGUAAUAAAGACUUGAAAAUUAUAAACCAGAUCCUUUACCAGAUUUUGAAGUAGCUUUAAAUGAAGCUAAAUUGUUUGAUAGAAUCAAAUAAAAGGAAGACUAAUUAUUAUACAUUGAAGUAAAUUAAUUUGAAAAAUAUUACAAUAGGAUAAGAAGGGAUUUGAAACUUAAUUGAGAACUGUUCAAAAAGAAAUUCAUGAAAUUUUCCAUUAAAUAUAUGAAGAAAGAAAAAAUUAACACUCUGAAAAUUAUAAGAAAUGGAAUUAAACAAAAUAGAGUUUAGGAAAGAUUGGACAUUAGAUUGAAUAAAAAUAAUAAGAAAUUAAGAAAUACUAAGAUUCUUGUGCUGAUAAAUUAUAAAAUCAUAGAGAGAAAUUAUAAAAAUUAAAAGGAGAAUUAGAAAAAAUAGAUUAUGAUACAGAGUGAA